CUGCCAAAAAUUCCGAUUCCGCUGUAGCGGUGGAGCGAGUGUGUCUUAUUUAAGUUUUAAUUAAAAAACUGCGUUGCAUUUACAGUGACGACAGUUUAGUGAUAUCCAUGUUGCCUAUAUAAAAUUAAUUAAAAGGUUUUAUUAUUAAAUUAAUAUUGUUAUACAGAAGUCCAGCAACCAUGGCUCACUGUAUGAGAGUUUUGCAUGGCCAAGGUAGCAGGACUAGGAUUGCACUCUUGGAAAUCCAGCAACGAUGCUUCAGCGUGUCACCACUUACCGCCGCGGCGGCUCAGGUCGCUAUGUCGAAGUUCGACAAAGCUGCCCUGCCGUACGAAAAGUUAAGCAAGACUUUGGAUGUUGUGAAGAAAAGGUUAGGGCGUGAUAUGACCUUGUCCGAGAAAGUUUUGUACUCUCACUUAGAUGACCCUAAAGGACAGGAAAUCGAGAGAGGCACCAGCUACCUUCGCCUCCGCCCUGACAGAGUGGCCAUGCAGGAUGCAACAGCGCAGAUGGCUAUGUUGCAAUUCAUCUCAUCAGGUCUGCCCAGGGUUGCGGUACCUUCAACCAUCCACUGUGAUCACUUGAUUGAGGCGCAGAUCGGUGGUGAAAAGGAUUUGGCGAGAGCUAAGGAUAUAAACAAGGAAGUCUACAAGUUCUUGGAGACGGCCGGUGCUAAAUAUGGUGUUGGAUUCUGGAAGCCGGGCUCCGGUAUUAUCCAUCAAAUCAUCCUGGAGAACUACGCUUUCCCUGGAUUACUCAUGAUUGGUACAGACUCCCACACACCCAACGGAGGCGGUCUUGGUGGACUUUGCAUUGGUGUCGGUGGUGCUGACGCUGUCGACGUAAUGGCAGACAUCCCGUGGGAACUUAAGUGCCCGAAAGUUAUUGGCGUCAAACUUACUGGUCAACUCAAAGGCUGGACCAGCCCUAAGGACGUUAUCCUCAAGGUCGCUGGUAUCCUGACAGUAAAGGGUGGUACCGGUGCCAUCGUUGAGUACCACGGCCCCGGAGUAGACUCCAUCUCAUGCACAGGCAUGGCCACCAUCUGCAACAUGGGCGCUGAAAUCGGUGCUACCACCAGUGUAUUCCCCUUCAACUCCCGAAUGGCCGCGUACCUGAAGUCCACGGGUCGUCAGGACAUCGCCAACACCGCUAACUCUUACAAGCAUCUGCUAACGCCCGACCCGAAAGCGCCUUAUGACCAGGUCAUCGAAAUCGACCUAUCCACUCUCGAGCCCCACGUCAACGGCCCCUUCACACCGGAUCUGGCCAACCCCAUCUCGAAACUCGGCGAUGAAGCCAAGAAGAACAAUUGGCCCGUUGAUAUCCGCGUCGGUCUCAUCGGCUCCUGCACAAACUCCUCAUACGAGGAUAUGGGUCGGUGUGCCAGUAUUGUGAAGGAGGCACUCAGCCACGGUGUGAAGUCAAAGAUCCCCUUCAACGUCACCCCCGGAUCCGAACAAGUGCGUGCCACGAUCGAGCGCGACGGUAUCGCGCAAACACUGCGUGACUUCGGCGGCACUGUGCUGGCGAACGCGUGCGGCCCUUGCAUCGGCCAAUGGGACCGCAAGGACGUCAAGAAGGGCGAGAAGAACACGAUUGUGACGUCAUACAACCGUAACUUCACGGGACGUAACGACGCCAACCCCGCAACACAUUGCUUCGUCACCAGCCCCGAACUUGUCACUGCCUUGUCCCUCGCCGGUCGCCUGGACUUCAACCCUGUGACUGAUGAGCUGACGGGCAAAGACGGCAAGAAGUUCAAGCUGUCAGACCCCUUCGCCGACGAAUUACCCGCUAAGGGCUUCGACCCUGGCCAGGACACAUACGAGCACCCACCCGCUGAUGGAACCAAGGUGAGAGUGGACGUAGCGCCGACAUCAGACCGUCUCCAGCUCCUGGAACCGUUCGACAAAUGGAACGGCAAGGACCUGACUGAUUUGACCAUCCUCAUCAAGGUUAAGGGCAAGUGUACGACUGACCACAUCUCCGCCGCAGGACCCUGGCUCAAAUACCGUGGUCACCUGGACAACAUCUCCAACAACAUGUUCAUCACCGCCACAAACGCAGAGAACGGAGAACUGAACAAAGUUAAGAACCAAGUGACUGGCGAAUGGGGCCCGGUGCCGGCCACCGCGCGCGCCUACAAGGCCAAGGGGGUCAGCUGGUGUGUUGUGGGAGACGAGAACUACGGCGAGGGUUCCAGUCGGGAGCACGCGGCCUUGGAGCCCAGGCAUCUUGGCGGCAGAGCCAUCAUCGUCAAGUCAUUUGCCAGAAUUCACGAGACCAACCUGAAGAAACAGGGUCUGCUGCCGCUCACAUUCGCGAACGCCGCCGACUACGACAAGAUCCAGCCGACUGACAAGAUCACCCUGCUCGGCCUUAAAGACCUGGCGCCAGGAAAGCAAGUGGACUGCGAGAUCAAGCACAAAGAUGGCAAAACUGAACGGAUCAAGCUCAACCACUCCCUGAACGAGCAACAAAUCUCCUGGUUCAAAGCAGGGUCCGCCCUCAACAGAAUGAAGGAAAUUGCAUCGGGGCAAAAGUGAACACCGCUGAACUUACUUAACUUACGCACUGAUAAAUAGAAUGUAGGUAAAAUGAGUUCUUAAAUGUACCAUAGGCAAAUUUAAAAUCAUUUGUUUUUGUUACCAUAUUUAAAUGAAAUGUGUAAUCAAGUUUUAAAUCAAAACAGUAUUGUUUAUGAGCCAUUUAUGUAUAAUAUAGUGUUCUUAAAACUGGCAACACUUACGCUAAGCCAGUGCAAGUCAAUUCGUUUAGUUCAAAUCUAUUUAAUAGUGCAUUUCUGAUGAUAUAACACCAGACAAUACUUGCUCGAGGCAGUGAUGAAUCUUAUAGUGUAGAUCAUUUUAUAGAUGAAAUUAGAAAUUAAGUUUCAAAACUUUAUUUCGAUUUAAAUCAGUAAUUAAGUGAAAUUGUUUUAUUUUACUAUUUAUGUACAUAAUGUUAAAACAAACAACCAAAAUAAAAAUUACGUACG